ACAAAGUAUUCUGUGCAAUGGAAAAGACAGGUCUGAUUUACAAGGUCACAACUGCGCAUUUGUAUCAUCCAGCACUCCAUUAUCAGCAAUUUCUCACUGGCCUUUGUGAUUUCCAAUGCUUGACAUGUAAAUAAAGCAACAGAACAGACUGAAAACUGCAUAUGAGUUAUGUUUCCAGUUUGUGCUGAGCUCAGAAAAUUCCCAAUUGAUCUGUUGUUUGAAAAUACUUUAAAUGCAGAAAAAAUAUCCAGAAUAACAAAAUGGGAAAUACAGUUAUGUCUGUUAUUUCCUUAAUUCCUUCUAAAGACUGCCAGAAAUAUUUGCUGGGAGAGCUUGAAGAAAUGCCAAUAGACAAAAUGGUAGAUUUAAGUGGAAGACAAUUAAGAAGGUUUCCGUUUCAGGUCUGCAACUUCACAGAACUUGUUAAACUAUACCUAAGUGAUAACAACUUGAAUUACCUACCCCCAGAGUUGGAACUACUACAGAACUUACAAAUCUUAGCCCUGGAUUUUAACAGAUUCAGGCAGUUUCCACUGGUUGUAUGUAGUCUGACACAACUGUCGAUUCUGUAUUUAGGUAACAACAGACUCCAUUGUUUACCUCUGGAAUUAAAAAUGCUAAAAAACCUGAAGACUUUGUGGAUUGAAUCUAAUGAUUUCUAUCAUUUGCCUCCAGUACUGUGUGAACUAAGUCUCCUAAAAACUCUCCAUGCUGGCUGCAAUUCAAUUUCUUCUCUUCCAGAUGAACUUAAGCAUCUCAAAGAACUUCGCAAUAUAUGGCUUUCAGGAAAUCAAUUCACCCAGUUUCCUCAAGUUUUGCUUGAAAUGAACUUUCUAGAGGUGAUUGAUGUGGAUAGAAAUAAGAUCAGAUGGUUCCCUAGCUUAGCUCAUCUAAAAGGACUGAAGCUAAUAAUAUAUGAUCACAAUCCAUGUGCAAAUGCUCCUAAAGUAGCCAAUGGAGUCAGAAGAGUUGGCAGGUGGUCAGAGGACACACCAGAACCUAAAAGGCAUAAGCAGAUAGAAGAUGAUGCAGAAAACACCAUGGAAAACAAAGACUCACCAGCCAAGGAAGAUGCAGGGGGAAAACAGACAUCACAAAUAUAAUGGAAGAGACUGCAACAUUUGCAUUACAGACUUCUUAGUGUUGUAAAUUGAACCAUUUUAAGUAAUUAUCCCUUCACUGAAUCACUUUCAGGUCGGUUAUACUGCCAGCUGCAAGGAGUUAUUAUCAGAACGGUUUUAAUGCACUCUAAGGAAAUGAAGGUAUAAUGUAAAUAUGUGAGCCUGCUUCGGUUAAUACACUACUGAACAAACUUUGAAAGUAAGAAACUGUGAAUUUUGCAAUUAAAGGUGAGUUGUAAUUAAAGGUGAGUUGUGGUAAGGCUAAACACAAUUCCAGCUAAAACAGACAAACAUGCAAAUGUCAUUACAUAAAAUUAGCCAAACUCAGAGUAAAGAAUGAUAGUGUACACACCAAUAAAUUAAAAUGCAAUAUUUCAUGCACUUUACCUAAUAAUGUUCUACAUGUUUAGUAACAUGUUUUAUAUUUUACUACUGUGUAACUGUUGUUUCACUAUACAGAACUGUUAUGUAUGUAAAUGGUAUUCACAUUUAUAACAGUUCCAUUCUUUAGGUAAAUUGACACAUGUAAUAAGAUAUAAUGAAAAUAAAAUGCUGUCAAAAUGA